GGUUAUGCACUUUCUGGUGGCUAUCACUUUCGUUCCAAUUAAAUUAAGAAUCCUCGUACAAUUAUCUUAUCAUCUCUAGCACUGUAAAGUGAGAAAUAAUGAACCGGAAAUGCGAUAGUUUUGUUGCCAUGGUAAUUGUUAAAGAAGCAAACAUAAGUAAAUUGACCUUUAUAGUACGGCUAUAUUAUGCCUUGGGCUGAUUAAAUAUUUUUUAUCAUCAUAUCUUCGGUAGCAAAAUAUUUGAUUAACGAAAUAAAAUGUCGGAAGAACUGCAGAAAGCUGGCCUCUACAUUGACGACAUCUAUCGACUGCGAGUACAAGAUCCAGCUAUUGCUAAUGAAACCAACGAAUUGCGCGAGGAGUGUUUGGAAUAUGCCAAUAAAUUACAAGAUUUUAAGAAAUAUGCAGAUGAUUUUCAUAAAAUCAUUAGUGAUUUUGCUAAAGAUGUGGAAAAGGAGAAAUUGAGAGCUAUCGGCACCCAAAAUCUACUCAAAACAAUCGCCAAAGAACGUCAGGCAGAGCAGCAGGUAUACCAGAGUAAAAUUCACGAGAAAACCGUGGAAUUAGAACGCCUUCGUAACGAAUAUCAAUACUUGCAACGCAUAGAAUCUGAGCAGCAAGAAAUUAUAAAUAAUUUUUUGUUGAAUCAGUAAAAACUACAUAAA